UCAUAAAAAGCUGCACCAACCACUGGGGUGCAGCUUUUUAUGGGUGGAAACACCUGCAGGAGUAUUCACAGGUGAGCAGGUGAACAGGUGAGGUGGUGUCUUUAAUGCAGGUUUUUACUAUAAAAAGUUGAGAGAAAAACAAAACAACUUUUGUUUCCAAAUGUUGCUGAAGAUUUGGGGGUAAUUAUUUGAAUCACACAGUGUCAUCUUUUUAUACUGAUUUUGUGACUUAAAGAAAAACUAUGCUAAAUGUAACUUCCCCUCCUCUGUCUUAUUUCAUUCUUGGAGGUUACAUGGAUGUUGGAAGUUUCAAACUCUCCUAUUUCUCAUUAACUACAGUAUUAUACAUCAUGAUCAUUGCUGCCAACACGUUUCUGAUUGUGGUUAUCUGUGUGAACAGAGGCUUACAUGAACCUAUGUACAUGUUUCUGUGCAGCCUGUUUGUGAAUGAGCUGUAUGGUAGUACAGGGCUGUUUCCGUUCCUCCUGAUUCAGAUCCUCUCUGAUGUUCACACUGUUCCUGCUCCUCUGUGCUUCCUGCAGGUUUAUUGUUUGUACACAUACGCUGUCAUUGAAUUUUGUAUUUUAGCCGUCAUGUCUUAUGACAGAUACCUCGCUGUCUGCUGUCCUUUACAAUACAACGCCAUAAUGACAUAUAACAAAGUAUUUCUCUUUAUUAUUUCGGUAUGUUUGUUCUCAUUUAUUAACAUGUUGAUUGGCUUAUCUUUGACCCUCCGCCUGACACUGUGUGGAAACACCAUCAACAGUUUGUAUUGCAGUAACUAUCUGAUUGUUAAGUUGGCAUGUUCAGGUACAAAAGUGAAUAACAUUUAUGGACUUUUUAACACCGCUGUCAGCAUCUUAGUCCCUCUGCUUCCAGUCCUUUACUCCUACAUUAAAAUACUCAUAAUCUGCUUUUCCAGAUCCAAACAGGCGAGACGUAAAGCUAUCAAUACCUGUGCACCGCACCUGGCCUCACUCUUAAGCUUUUAUUUUGGGUGUUUGUUUGAAAUACUUCAGAGCAGGUUCGAUAUGAGCAGUGUACCCAGCACACUGCGAAUCUUCCUGUUUCUGUAUUUCCUCAUCAUUCAACCACUUUUCAAUCCGAUUAUGUAUGGGACACAAAUGUCCAAAAUAAGAAAAGCCUGUAAGCAUGUUUUCUGUAUUAAAGGGUUUACUGGUUAUAGAUAG